UCUCUCUGGUUUCUAUUUCAGUUCUUUUUCCUUUUCUUUUCUACGCGUCUUUUGUAAUCCACAACUUUUGCUUCUGUAAACAACAAUGCUCAACCUAAAAAGAUCAAAACCCUAAACAAGAGAGAAAUAUCUACCUCUGCAACUCAGACACAACCUAGCUUUUCAGUUCUUUCAUUUCAGAUUAUCAUGAAAAAAACCCAUUUCCAACUUAGGGUUUUGACCCUAUUUCUCCUGCUAUUUCCAUUACUACUACUCACUGUAAGCUCUCAAACAAACCCUAAUGAUGUUGAUGUAAUGGUUGAAUUACAGAAGAGUUUGAGCUCUUCAAAAGAUCUAGGAUGGUCUGAUCCAGAUCCUUGUAAAUGGGUAGACAUUUAUUGUAAUGAAAAUAGGGUUAAGCGGAUUCAACUUAAAAAUUCAGGUCUUACUGGUACUCUCCCAAGCAGUCUGAAGAAGUUAACAUCUUUGGAAAGGUUAGAACUCCAAGGGAAUCAAAUCUCCGGGGAUCUACCAAGCUUAAGUGGGUUGAGUUCAUUACAAGUAGUAGUGGUAAGUAAUAAUAAGUUCUCUUCCAUCCCUCUUGAUUUCUUUUCUGGGCUUACUUCGAUUCAAGCGAUUGAUUUAGAUGGCAAUCCUUUUACAUCUUGGGAAAUUCCUGAUAGUUUCAAAAGUGCUUCAACGAUUGUAAAUUUUUCUGCUAAUUCAGCUAAUAUUGUAGGGAAAAUCCCUGAUUUCUUUGACCAAAAUAGUUUUCCUGCUUUACAAUCAUUCCAUGUGGCUAAUAAUAACCUUGAAGGUGGACUUCCUAAAAGUUUUGCUACUUCUUCUAUACAAUCUCUUUGGUUGAACGGACAGGCAAGUGCUACCAAACUCAUUGGAAAUAUCAGUGUUUUGUCGAAUAUGAAAUCUUUGUCCCAAGUUUGGUUACAAACUAACAAGUUUUCUGGGCCUUUACCUGAUUUCACAAAUCUAAGUAACCUGAAGGAAUUAAAUCUAAGAGAUAACCUGUUUACUGGUCCUGUUCCUUCAUCUCUAACGGGUCUUAAAAGUCUGCAAAUCUUAAGCUUGACAAAUAAUCAGCUUCAAGGGCCUGUACCUGAAUUUGAUAGUUCUGUGAAAUUAGACUUGAAGGUGGAAACGAACAGCUUCUGUAAGUCUACUCCUGGUGAUUGUGAUCACCGUGUCAAUGUAUUACUUUCCUUUGCGAAGUCGCUGGGUUAUCCUCUUAAGUUUGCACAAAAUUGGAAGGGAAGUGAUCCUUGUAACCAGUAUUUGGGAAUCAGUUGCGAUGGUAGAGAUAUUACUCGUCUUAAUUUUCAGAAAUCUAGUCUUACUGGUUCCAUUUCUCCUGAUAUUGUGUCGCUUAAAUCACUAAAAAGAAUUGUUCUUGCUGACAAUAACCUAACUGGUACUAUUCCAGAAGAGCUGAAGGAUCUGCCUAAUCUCGAAUUACUUGAUGUUUCAAACAAUCAGCUUUCUGGAAAGAUACCAGAUUUUCGUAAUAAUGUGGAAGUGAGGACAACUGGAAACCCAGAAAUUGGGAAGGAUAUCCCUUCACCUCCAGGAAGCCCAUCUGGUGGUUCACCUGGUCCUUCAGGUAGCGACCCUGGUCCUUCAAGGGGUAGAAGCAAGAAAUCGUCGAUUUCAGUAGGAGCCAUUGUGGGUUCUGUAUUUGGGGGAGUUUUUAUAUUUGCUUUGCUUGGAAUGAUCUGUUUCUGUCUGUACAAAAGAAAACAAAAGCGGUUUGGUAGAGUUCAAAGCCCCAACGCAAUGGUGGUCCAUCCUCGCCACUCAGGAUCUGAUCCUGAGAUCCUCAAGAUUACUGUUACAGGUUCAACUGCGAAUGCUGGUGGAUCAAGUGAAAACUACAGCCAAGCAAGCAGCGGCCCAAGUGAUACACAUGUUGUUGAAGCAGGAAAUAUGGUGAUUUCAAUUCAAGUGUUGAGAAACGUUACAAACAAUUUUAGUCAAGAGAAUAUUUUAGGUCGGGGUGGAUUUGGAACAGUUUACAAAGGGGAACUAGAUGAUGGAACAAGGAUUGCAGUCAAAAGAAUGGAAGGUGGAGUUAUGAGUGGUAAAGGAUUGCACGAGUUCAUGUCUGAAAUUGCUGUUCUUACUAAAGUUCGUCAUCGCCAUCUUGUUGCUCUUCUUGGAUACUGUUUGGAUGGAAAUGAAAGGCUGCUUGUUUAUGAGUAUAUGCCACAAGGAACUCUUAGUCAACAUCUUUUUAAUUGGAAUGAAGGAGUGUUUAAGCCUCUUGAUUGGACUAGAAGGUUAAGCAUUGCGUUAGACGUUGCUAGGGGUGUUGAGUAUCUUCAUGGUUUAGCCCAACAAAGUUUCAUCCACAGAGACCUUAAACCCUCAAACAUUCUUCUAGGUGAUGACAUGAGGGCUAAGGUAGCUGAUUUCGGUCUUGUUCGUAAUGCUCCUACUGGGAAGUUUUCUGUUGAAACAAAACUUGCUGGAACUUUUGGAUAUCUUGCCCCAGAAUAUGCAGCAACUGGAAGAGUAACGACCAAGGUUGACGUGUACAGUUUCGGUGUGAUUUUAAUGGAGCUAAUAACAGGUAGAAAGGCACUUGACGAAACCCAACCAGAAGAGAGCAUGCACUUAGUGUCUUGGUUCCGAAGAAUGCACCUCAGCAAAGAAAACUUCUCUAAAGCAAUUGACCCUACAAUCGACAUCACUGAAGAGACAAUGGUGACCAUUAAAACUGUCUCAGAACUAGCUGGUCACUGCUGUGCAAGGGAACCUUAUCAAAGACCUGAUAUGAGUCACAUAGUAAACACAUUAUCAUCUCUGGUGGAGCUUUGGAAACCAGCAGAACCAGAUGAUGAAGACAUGUAUGGAAUCGAUCUCGAUAUGACACUUCCUCAAGCACUUAAAAAAUGGCAGCAAUUUGAGGGAAGCAGUAGCAAUCUUGAAGCAACGUCUUCUUUCCUUGCUAGUGUGGAUAACACCCAGACCAGCAUCCCCACUCGGCCAUCAGGGUUUGCUGAUACGUUUACGUCUGCUGAUGGGAGGUGAGAAUGCUGGCAGGAAGAUCAGAUUCGGGAAGAAGUUCAGAGAGAGAUUUAAAAGGAAGGAGAAGUUCCAAUUUCUAUUGUUGAUGUAUUUCUGGUUUUAGUCCCCACCAAAUCCACGUUUGCUCUUCUUCUUUGGGUUGUUACUUCAUCUAAAUCUUCCAACUCCCACACUUUGUGGGUUUUUUUUUCUGGUUUUUUUCUUAAUCCAGAAAUUCUCUUUCCUGCAGAAUUUGGAGUCUUCAUUUUGUUAAAUAUUUACUUCUUUUUCACUCGUUGGUGGUGAUGGAAAAUGGAAAUACUAAAACUAA